GAUCUAUUUCAAAGAAGGUUUUGCUAACAUUGGCUAACAGCAGCUGACAACAUCAAAAAACAGCAGCGCUUUCCAACAGAAAAGUUCAGGAUAUCCUCAAAAUCUCACCUCAGUAUCGCUGUGAUUGGACAUAGGUGAGUGUCACUGACUUAUUAAAAUUUUACACAUUGUAACUUUAGGAUCAUGUAUUAUUAGGAGUGGUAGGUGUCAACUCAUCGUAUCCAAGUCACCAAACUGGACCUCUUGACCAUGUUUGCAAUGUUAGCGCCAUUUGGAAGACACAAUUAGUACAAAAUGAAAGACCCAAGAGGUGAAAUGAAUCAGUUUUCUACCCUAUAAAGUGUUUUAGACUUCAGACAGGAAAUGAUGGAAGGAUGGAUGAAUUAGGGCUAUUUAUAUCUGUGGGCAUAUAAUCCAUUGCAUGGGCGUGGCAUCAUUUCUUACCUCUUUUCUCUGGAUAGCCUUUUGGAAUAUUGCCGCUUUGUGACUAUUUCUGAUUGAAAGUGACAGUCUAAAUGCUGCAAAGAUAUACUUUUGAAGGAUGAUGGCAGAGCUGAAGUGAAAUGAAGCAUAAGCCCUGGGGAUCAAUACACCCCAGAGUGAGUCAACAGGAGACAGACACACACACAAAACUUUCCUUCCUUCCAGAGAGGAAAUGUUCACUCCAUAAAUAUUUGGAGUUUGCUAAUUGAAAGAAUCUGCGCAGCUUAAAUUCUGGGAGGUUCUUUAAACACUGCGCUCAUAUGGAUCCUUUGUAUCUGUCCCCUUGUUCUUUAGUGCCAAGUGAAAUGAGCUGAGGCUGUGGUAAACAGACAGACGCACAUUCGAGGACACAGAUACACACACAGGUUAGAUUUAAUCAGCUAUUGGUAUUGUGUGUUUGAUAGUCCGUUGUUAUCCAACUGAAGACCCUUUGUUUUGCUUUGCCAUCAGUGGCGCAUUAUCCUCGCAUUGUGACUGACAGGCUGGUUACACGCAACACAGCAUAGAUGCGCUCAGAGUAGGCAAAUUCAAGCUGCCCUCUGGGGGAAAGGACUGCUUGAAAUUCUAAAAACAUGUUUGCAUGUGACUGUGUUUGCAUUCAGAAUGAAAAUUUUAUGAACAAAGGUGUGUUUUUUUAUUUUUAUUACUGUAGUACACACAGACACAGACCUGCUAAAGCUUAUGGACACCUAAAGUAGAGUAUGGAGGAGCAGCUGGAGCAGUUACUCUCAGUAGUUAGACAACUAGCUCAUCUUUGUACUACAGGGUGAUGUUGUUGUAAGCCUUUCCACUUAAGAUGCAAGACUUCAGCACAAGCCAUUGUUGAUUAUCAGCAAUGCAUUACAGCAGAGCCAGUUUCACAUGAGUCUGUGUGAAAUGAUAUGUGGCGGGGUUGGAUGAUUUUCUAUGCAGGAAUCUCUCUUUGUGUUAAUAAGUCAUGGUCUCUACAGGCUGGUGUCAGGGUCAGUAGUUAAUUUGUAACCUGUCCCCUAUAAGAGUCUUCACUGUUAUCCAGUUUCCAGCCAGUAUACCUCUGCAUUCACAGCGUGGUCCAGUUUAGAGAAGGGUGGUGGGGAAGUGGGCUGCAAUGAAAACCAAAAAGGGUGGAAAUCCUACACAGGAUCCCAGUGGGAAAACUAAUGACCCAACUCAGAUGACUGCAAGCCAGUUGCGGUGCAGCAAGGCUGGAGAAUGCCUGAUGAACACUGGAAGCAUAAUGCUAAUAGUGGCUAUCCUGUACACUUGCAUUGAUUGGUGGAUUCACUUCAAAGAUCCCCAAGAAGAGCUGAAACAACUGAUUGGCCCUUUCCUGGCCAUAGUCGCACUUGGUUUCCUAUUCCUAGGUUUCUUCUUGCAUGUGAAGGCUCACGACGAUGGAACACUUAUGGUGCACACCUUCCGAGUUUUACCAUUUUUGCCAAUUACAUCACCGACGCCAGUACUAGUUAAGUCAACUGGUAAAACUCAAGAAGCACGCCAGGCCAAUGGGUCCCAGACUGACAGCUCCGUGAACGACAUUGAUGGAGCACUGCCUCCAUAUGAUCCGGUGUAUCGUGCAAACAGUUUCCCUGUCCCAAUGGAGGUCCGACGAGACGAACACGCAAUAAUCCACUCCAGUCGUCCAGGAUCAGUGGGCCUUCGGAGUCCGGGCUCGGUCCUGGGACUCUGUGGCUUUCAUCUCAAUGUGAGUCAGGAAUUGAUUCAAACAUGGAGUGAAGGGAGAAUUAACCCCUGGGACCCAGCUUUCAAUGGGCUCAGCUAAGAGAUUAUAUGUGUUGAUGGCAGGCUUUUAUAUGCACUGGCCUUUCAAAACUUCAGCUGUUAAAUCAAGGCACCACAGUCAGGAUCUUCACCUUUACAUCUUCAGUGUAUCCAUGCCCGCCCCCCUUUCCAACCUGGCACCUUGUACUUCAUCUACAAACUGUGUGUGUGUGUGUGUGUGUGUGUAAGAAAGAGAAAGAGGGGAUAACGCCUCCAAUGACAGGGCCUGCAACUUUCGCAAACUAUACUGUACAUGUUCUCAGCCAAAGGGCUCUCGUCAGACUGCCACUGGGAGUUUAUAUUCAAUGUGCAGCUUCAGAUUCCCAUGACCAUGGAGCCUUUGGGAGUCGAGCUCUUUUUCAGUGUAUGUGAAGUUAUGCAGAGUACAGCUUAAAAGUAAAUGCACACAAACAUGACGAGAGGCUCGGAAACACGCAUCAUCAUCCCUGAGAUUGUAAUUCCUUUGCGUUUGGAGCUGACAUCUUUGGUGGUCCACGCAAGCUUCUAAAGGAUGGCGAAGGGGGGGGUUGAAAAACAAGGAAAAUCCUGUCCUUCUUCACAGACUCUUGCAACAUGUUGCAUGCAUCCUUUCAUUUCAACAUGCAUGCCAAACCCCAAAGGAUGUUUUUGGCAAAACAGAAAACCGCAGGUCUCGAAUAUGACUGACAUAUAGGAACGUCAAGCUGAGGAAGAAAACAAAUGGUGAGAAAACAAAUGAGUUAAAGCAACAGAUCGCUGUAAAUAACACAAGGUCAAAAAUAGCAAGUCUGGACUUAUUACCCUUAUUUUGCGCAUGACCUUUGUCACGUGGUAUUGCUCACAAUCCGCCAAACACUCCCUGCUGAGACUGUUUGUAUGGAUACAAAGUGACAAAUUAAAGGAAAAACAACUGGUGGAAGUCUUGGAAGUCUGCUGGUGGAAUGGAAUGAUAAAUGUGAAAAGAUGUUCCCUAUCUGGUGCUAACUUGUUGGUCCAAAUAUCUCCCUUAGGUACUCAGACUUGUUGAAAUCUGGUGAUUUCAAAGGCCAAAACACAGGAGUUACAUCAUUUUCAGCCUCAUCAAACCUGUUAAUAACCCUUCGGGAAUUUUCAUCCAGGAGAAGCAAUCACUCCCAUCAGGACCAAAGUUAUUCAUCACAGGAAAAAGAUGAUUGCUCAGGACUUUGUAUUGAUCUGAAGUUACUAUUCCCUCUUAAGGGAACAAGUGGAUGUAACUCAUGGCAGUAAAUUGCCCUGAAGUGGGUAACAGAGACAUCACACUGUACACAAUCACACCAGCAUCUAAGAGUUUCAAUUGUGUGCCAUUUCAGAGCAAUGACAUGCAGUGUCAAAGUAAAGCCAUUCCCAUUUCUUUUACACUGAGAUAAACAUUGCACUUCAUUAUAGAUAAUGUUGACCAGAAGACAUAAAGCUAGACACUCUAAACUCUAAAAAAAUGCCUAAAGAGCAACUGUUUGAGUUGUUUGUGGCUUUUGAUACUGCAUUAGGUAGCUACUGCAGUUCACCAACGACACUUAUGAGUUGGCCCUGCAUCAC